AUGGAUCCUCCCUCCUCUGUGUCCCCCUCCUCCCCUGAUCCGAGCCACCUGCUGCUUCAUUUUUCUGCAGACAAAUCCCAGACGAGCAGAGCUGGAGACAUCUCCACACUUCUGUCUCCUCAGGAACCUGGAGCCGAGGAGGAGCCGAGAGUAACAUGCAGGCUUUCAAACGCCCGAGCCUGUCAGAAGAGACAUGAGGCACCUGGACGUGGGUCCACCAUGAGCAGCGUCCACUUCAACCACUCCCUCCCUGCCAUGAAUGGGAACGACAUGAUGGCGCACUCUCUGACUCUGGAGCAGAAGACGGCGUUCGCCUUUGUGGGGAUGCUGCUGGUGUUCCUGGGUCUGCUGAUAGUCCGCUGUUUCAGGAUCCUGCUGGACCCUUACAGCAGCAUGCCCUCCUCCAACUGGGCUGACGGCAUUGAGGGACUGGAGAAAGGGACGUUCGAGUACGCCCUCACCUAA